AUGAAUCAACCAUCGCAAAGCCAACCUCCCCAAGGGCAGUCAGGCCCGCCGCCGCCCCUCUUGAAGCCGGAACAGAUGCGAAACAUAAGCUAUCUGACCCCGCAAGAGAAGCAAAAGUACGAACACGGGUUGCGCCAGCUGUGGGCAAGGAUGGACCAGAACGCACCCGACACUGAUGAACACCAGGAGGCGAAGACCAAAGUGGAGGAGUUCUCGCGUAUGGUCAUGCACAAAAUCAGAUCACUCCAAGCUCGAGGCCUGUCAGCAGCGCCGGGCCAACCUGGCCAACAAGGUCAACCAGGUCAACCAGGUGGGCAGCCGCCGUCUAUGCCGGGAGGACAACCCCAAGCCGGUCCAGCAGCGGCACCGAAGCCGAUGAUGGCAGCGAACAGACCACAGGUCCCAACUCCUGGACACAACGCUGGGGGCGCUAGCCCUGCGGUCUCGAAUGCGCCUGCGACUGCCCGUCCGAUGCAGCAAGGACCGACGCCGCAGAUCAUCGAGCACGUCAACAAGAUGCCAUGGAGCCUUGCGCUGGUGCCACCUAACAUACCGCCGGAGCAAGGGCCGAAAUGGCUGAAUGAACACAAGCAGAAAUUCGUGCGAGCCCUGGCGUCCAUGGAAGCUUAUAAACACCGUAUGGCUAGGCUCGGUGUCAUGUUCAAGGAGCGCAGCGAAAAGGGCCCUCCGAUGUCAGCGGAGGAGAAGCAGAAAUUUCAGAACCAGUCUGCGGCGGACCAGAAGAUGUAUAAAGAGGCAGAAUUAUUUGUGAACCGCACCCGCAGCCAGAUUCAGGUCCUGCAGGGGGCGAGCCAGACUGCCGGUGGGCAGGGACAGCACCACGGGGCUGCUCAGCCAUCUCAAGCUCAGCCGCAGCCGCAAAACUCAGGAGCCUCUGCUUCUAGUCAUCCAAUGCAGGCUGCGACCGCGUCAGUGAGUGCAGCGAUCAAUGCGGCCAAAAGCCAGCAGCUUGCUGCUGGUAAUAGACCCGUGUCCACGGGGCAACAGCAACCUCCUCCCCAGACACCCGCGACCCCGGCCACGCCUUCGACGACUGCACCCGGGCAACACCAGCCCCAUCCCGCUCCUGCUCCGCAACCACAGGUCAAAAUCGAGCCUGGCACCCACAACAUGCAACAUCCGCCUCCUCCUGUCAAUACGGCCCUUGCAGCUGCCUCGAGCGCAAACAUGCCCUCAGCAGGAACUCCCACACAGGCAUCAGCGCGCGUCCAGACUCCGCAGUCUGCUACGCAACAGGCACCUGGCUCGCAGGUUCGAGAGGUUCGCCCACUGAGUCACGCUGCUGCUGUCAACCGUGCCAACUCAUCUACCAACGUCACUGGACAACCGAGCGCGUCAGCUAGUGGUGUCACAACAACUCCUGGAUCAGGUGGUUUGAUGGGCAACGCAUCAUCCUCGUCACAACCUGGUCACACUCACGCGCAUCCACAGCCGAACACUUCUACUCUGACGCAGAAGAUGCCUAUCCCGAAAAGUCUUCCCGAGAAGUCGACGGCUAUCCCCACGCCUGUCACGGUCGGUGGCGGUAACACCCCUGGUCGCCCGACUUACGGAGGCGGUAACGCUGCUGGAGGUGUCAUCAACCAACCCGUCAUUGCGAAGAUGCCGGUCCCCCAAUUCGACGCUGAGGGCGACCAUGUCCUAUCCAAGAAGAAACUGGACGAGCUUGUUCGUCAGGUUUGCGGAGGCGCAUCACCUGGUGCUGAUGCCAACUACCUGACGCCUGAUGUUGAAGAGUCCGUGCUCAACGUUGCGGAUAACUUCGUUGAUAACGUCAUGCACACUGCUUGCCGGCUGGCGAAGGAACGUGGCAGCAAGGUGCUGGAAAUUCGCGAUAUCCAGCUUGUUUUGGAGCGUGUCUACAACAUCCGUAUCCCCGGCUACACCACCGACGAACUACGAACCGUCCGCAAGGUCCAACCGUCUAACAACUGGAUCGCCAAGAUGUCGGCUAUACAGGCGGCUAAGGUCACGUCGGCCGGUACGGCAGGCGCGACCGCGGGUGGAGGCACAGUUGGCGAUGAUGGUGUUUCUGGUGCAGACGCAGCUGCGAAUGCGGGUGCGAAGCGUGCGGAGCUGGUGCAGGACAAAAUGGAUGUCGAUCACAAGUGA